AUGGCUGAAUUAUACAGCAAACCGUUACACUUGGAAGACACAAAGCACUGUACUCCCUGCAAAACCAAAGAUAGGAAGACAAAACCCGAGCAUUACUGCACGGAAUGCGAGGCUUACUAUUGUGAGGAAUGUUUUGAGCUGCACACGCGAGUACCCUACCUUGCCAAGCAUAUUGUCUUGAAACAUGGUGAUAUUGACGUCUGGUCAAGAGAUCAGUAUAUGUGUUCUACACAUGGCAAAAACCUUGAAUUCUUCUGCAAAGAACACAAGAUGUUAUGUUGCCACGUUUGCAUAUCACUGAAACACAGGUCAUGCACAGACAUGGAAUAUAUCUCAGAAUCUGCGAUGCAAAGUAAUUUGAAAGAUCACAUUAAAAAAAUGAAUGAAAAAAUCGUAGACCAACUUCAAAUGAUUGAAUCACACACUGGUGGAAUAAGAAAAAAGGCUGUUACUAAUCAGUUAUCGAAAACGGAGUAUAUAAAAGAACUAGAAUCAUUCAGGAGUAGGAUAAAGGCAAUGUUUGAUUCACUUUUAGAGAAAGCAUUUGAAGAGAUGAAUGAGAGGUUCGACAAAAACACAAAAUAUGCAGAUAACUCGAACAGGAAAUUGGGCCGCUCUAAAAGUAGACUGAAUGACCUUCAACAACAGCUAAAAUCAACUACUGUUGGUAAAGAAGUUCUUGUUUAUAUAAGUCUUAAAAGGGGGGAGAAUCUUAUUGAGGAGAUAUCAAAGGAGCUAUCAAAUAUCGAUUUGUCGGCCGAUAAUGACUUCUAUAAGCCAGUCAUUGAUGAAAAAAUUGAAAAGUACGUGAAAGAAUUACAAAAAAUAGCGUUCCUAGAAGACGAAAAAAUGAGACAAGAAUGUGUUGCAAGUGAAGAUUGCAGAAAAGAAGACUUUAAAGCAGGUGGAAAAAUAUUCAUCAUAAAAGUUAACUGA